AUGACGUUAACGCUAGGAUGACAGGCGAGGCGAAAGCGACUCUUCAAAACAGGAAAAGCAGUCCUUGUCCGAGGCAAAGUCAGAAAUACUUCGGAGGUUUUUCCAAAUAGAUACAUGUGUGUUAUGUUGAUAUAAGCCCAAUAGACGUAAGCGGUGGAGUUUCGCAAAAAUGGCACGCCUAAAGUGACUGCAAAACGCUCUCUGUUUGAAGGAUCCUGUCAGCUGAGUAUCCAGGAUGUCCUAUUUGAGAGCAAAGCUGGAAAACCUGAAACAGAAGUUGAAGGUUGAUCUUUUCAGAGAAGUUGGUCGCCAGUAUCCAGUCUUCUGUUUUAUUUUGGUGUUCUUACUCAUAUCUACAGUUAUUUUGAACAGGUACCUUCACAUUUUGAUGGUUUUCUGGUCGUUCCUGGCUGGAAUUGUCACAUUUUACUGUUCCCUGGGACCUGAGUCUCUUUUGCCCAACAUCAUUUUCAAACUAAAGCCAAAAAACAAGCAGGAACAGCAGGAGCUGUUUCCUUUGGGACACAGCUGUGCCGUCUGUGGAAAAAUCAAGUGCAAAAGACACAGACCAACACUAUUGCUUGAAAAUUAUCAGCCAUGGUUAGACUUAAAGGUAUACUCAAAAGUGGAUGCAUCUGUUUCAGAGGUGCUGGAGUUAGUUCUGGAGAACUUUGUUUACCCUUGGUAUAGGGAUGUUACAGAUGAUGAAGCGUUUGUGGAUGAGUUGAGAGUCACGCUGCGCUUCUUUGCUGCAGUCUUGGUUCGCAGGGUGCAGAAGGUUGACGUUCCAUCUCUUAUAACACGCAAAUUGCUGAAAGUUGCAAUGAAGCAUAUUGAAAUAAUUGCUAAAGCAAGGCAAAAAGUGAAGAAUCCAGAACAUGUGCAGCAGGCUGCACUAGAGGAGUAUGGGCCAGACCUGCAUGUAGCUCUGCGAACUCGAAGAGAUGAGCUGGUAUACUUGAGGAAGUUAACAGAGAUGCUCUUCCCCUACAUUCUGCCUCCCAAAGCAACAGACUGCAGGUCUCUCACUCUCCUGAUCCGCGAAGUACUAGCCGGGUCUGUUUUUCUUCCUGCCAUGGACUUCUUGGCUGAUCCUGAUACUGUGAACCAUUUAAUCCUUAUAUUCAUUGACGACUCUCUUGUAAUUGCGGAAGGUUCCUACGUUGAUGUCGUGAAGCUGCAGACCAUGCGCUGUCUUUUCGAGGCCUAUGAGCAUGUUUUAUCUCUGUUAGAAAAUGUCUUCACACCCAUGUUUUGCCACAGUGAUGAGUAUUUUAGGCAUCUGUUAAGGGGAGCAGAGUCCCCAGCGCGGAAUUCAAAACUAAGCAGAAAUAGCCUGAGUUUGGAUGACAUCCGAAAUACCUCUAAACGUGGGGAGACCUUUGGAAUCAGCCGCAUUGGCAGUAAAAUAAAGGGCGUCUUUAAAAGCACAACUAUGGAAGGUGCUAUGCUUCCAUCCUCUGGGUUAGCAGAAGGGGAAGAUGACAUGGUUGAAGAAGCCACCAUGGUGAUGGAGGAUGACUCCCCGGUGGAGGCGAUCAGCACUCCCAGCACGCCCCGCAAUCUGUCUGCCUGGAAGAUCACCAUCCCCUACGUGGACCUGUUUGAUGACGAACUCAAGAAAGAGAGAUUUCCAGUGUUCUGUAUCGAUGUGGAGCGCAAUGACAGGAAAGCAGGGUCAUGUGGGAACUGCAGCCUGUCCCUGCACACAUACAUUGAACCCAGGACCCCAGUGCUGCAAGACAGCAAUGACAACCACAUUGAUAAAGCCGCACGGAGCGCGAAUGUAUCUGAGGAAAUCUUGGUUUUCCAGAAAGGCCAGCACCUGGAGCCUUUUAUUCUGUCCUUCUUCAAUUCGUGCGAAUCUCCAAAACCCAAGCCGAGCCGCCCGGAGCUGACCAUCCUGAGCCCCACUUCUGAAAACAACAAGAAGCUUUUCAAUGAUCUGUUCAAAAAUAAUGCCGGUCGCUCUGAGAAGAAAUACAAUCAGAACUGUUUCAUGGAGAAGAUCACAGUAGAGGGCGUGUAUGACUACCUGAUGUAUAUCGGCCGAGUGGUGUUUCACAUCCCCGACUGGCUGCACCAUUUGCUGACUGGUGGCCGGAUCCUGUUUAAGAACACACUUGAAGCCUACACUGACUACUACCUACAGUACAAGUUAGACCAAGUCCUUCAGGAGCACAGGGUUGUCUCUCUGAUAACAUUGCUAAGAGACGCCGUAUUUUGUGAAAACAGUGAGCCUCGCAGUUUUGAAGACAAACAAAAGAGAGCCAAGAAGACCUUUGAAGAAAUGAUGAACUACAUUCCUGACUUCCUGGGGAAGUGCAUCGGAGAAGAGGCCAAGUAUGAGGGAAUCAGGCUGCUCUUCGAUGGGCUACAGCAGCCCAUUCUCAAUAAGCAGCUGACCUAUGUACUGCUGGAUAUUGCUGUACAAGAGCUUUUCCCUGAGCUAAAUAAGGUACCCAAUGCUUUUAAAUCUUGCCAAAGUGUGUGAAAAAAAGACGCUCUUUGACACUCAUGUAUUAAGAGAUUAAUUGAAUG